AUGGCGUCCCAACAGACCUCUGGCCUCACCACCGAGCAGGUCAAGGCCCUGUUCAACAUCCUCACCCACUUUGAAACGUAUCACGAAAUUGAAGACUUCAAGAAACCAGAAACCAUUUCCGACUAUGGCUACCCCUUUGCGCAGAGCUCCAAGCCCGGCGAGGCCGUCACCUACGCCCCCGAGUCCUCUGCUCCCCUGCUGCAGUCCCUUUUCACCAGAUUCACCCUGAAGGUGCCGGGCGUCUCCUCCUUUGUCCCCGAGUUCUGGAACGUCCGCGUCCAGAGCAUCCUCAAGAAUUUCGCCGAGGCCGAGCUGUCCGAGAGCUACGAAAAGGGCGCCCUGGGUACUAGAAAGACUCUGGCGACCGCCUCGUCUACCGUCAUCGAGACCGUCGCGCGAGGCAUGAUUGGUGGCGGACCCUACAGCGACCCGGCGACCCGGCUUCAGCAGUACGACUUGGAGAGGGCGGAAGACCUGGCACAGGCGUGGGAUGAUGCUAUGCAUGACCUCGUGUACGGAGACCUUUGCGACAGCUUGUUUGACCACCUCGCCGAGACGGACGACUUUGAGUCGCACUCCCCAAUGACCCAGGCGGCCAAUCAGUACAUUAUUGUCCAUCUGGCUGGACUAGUCCACCAAGUGCUAGUCGUCUCUCCCGAGGGUCAGUAUCUCGUCAAACUCAUGGAGCAGGUGCAUAAAAUGGUGCCAUACAAUUUGGUUAGGCAAACACUAAAGGUCGGCAACGCGGCGACAAUGAUUGCCGGCAUGAUGAAGAUCUUUCUAGCCAAACUCAGCGUCGGCUCCGUCUCAAACUGGUUUGGCCUGACAAAGGAUGCCGCCGACGGAAUGAAUCUUAUGCAGAGGAUCAUCUCCGUCAUCCUCGGCUGGGACUGCGCAGACUUCAAGAAGACGGUUGACAGGAUUGCCAAGGACAAGGCCAGGCCAAGCAAAGGCGCUCUGGAAGCCAUCAAGGCUCACACCCAAUCAUCUCCAACCGAGCGCGAAGUCACCCGAGCCAUGAGCGCACAACAAGACAAAUCCAUCAUUGCAGUCAUCCUCGAAAACGCAAACCCGGUCCUGCUGUCCGACCUCACCGAGGACGAGCACACAAUGUGCCUCGAGUACUACGCAGCGCUGCUGGCCAUCCGCGACCGGGAAGAAAUCAUCAGCAUCCUCUGCAGGCAGAGCCCAGAUUACCUCACCCAGGCGGUCCGCGAGGCGGUGGCCGGGAUGGACCCCAUCAUCCGCGCCGUGCACAACAAGGUCGACCUCUCGGACCACGUCAAGGACUACCACAUGUUCUUCGAACAGCUCAUCGCCUGCAGCAAACCGAAAAAGGGAAAGACAAAGGACGACCCGGAGACCAUGCCCACCGUGGAGGACUACGUUCAUUUGUGCAAGAACAACAAGCACCUCCUGUUCAAGUGGCUGCACGCCGUGGCCGGCAAAUGCCCAGAGGUCAUGGACCAGUUCAGGGCGUGGGCCAAGGACUCCCUGGUCACGUUUAACAAAACCAAGACCGGCGGCGCGAGCAUCGAAGAGCAGCUGGGCAACAUGUUCAACCAGGUUCCCGACAACAGCAGAGCGGCUCUCCUCCCCAUUAUUGACGCGCACGCCUCGUACCUGCGGGAUCUGGAGAAGCUUUCCUUGACGCGGAUGCAGACCAUCAUCGAGGACAACGAGGCGAGCAUGGCCGGGCCCGGUGUGUACUUGGUGCGGUGGCAGAACCUGAUGGACGAGACCCUCAUCACGCCGGUGACGCCCGCCGGCCCGGUGCGGCUGGGCAGAGACGUCAAGGGGGCGGCGGCCGCGCCGCCGUCGGGCAAGUCAGGAUCUGCGUCGAGCGAUGUCGGCGAGGUGAUUGCGAUGGUCCGCGACAUGAAUCUGUCUUCCUUGCCGGAAGCACCGGAUGUCCAGCCCGUCAUCAAAGCGUUGGCGCCCAGGUUCAAGCAGAUGCUUACAGUAGCGUCCAGAGCCAACGGUCCUCCGACGAACUGGACGAACGGCGCGGCCAAUGGACAUGCUGGGCCGAGUUGA